CACAUAUAUAUGCAUCACAUCACAAGUUACCAUAGGAAAAGUUUAGCACUGACAAUGAGAAUGAGAGAAGUAGCAGACUGCACAGAGGAAAAAGUGGAGGGAAGCGACGACGUUUACGAGUCAACUCCGGUGGCAGCGUUCCAGCUGAAAUGGGACGUGUUUUUGAGCUUCCGAGGAGAAGACACCAGAUAUGACUUCACCUAUCUUCUGUACGAAACCCUAAACUCCGAUCAGAAUCAGAUCCGGGUCUUUCGAGACAACGAAGGAAUGGAUCGGGGCGAUGAGAUAGCGCCGAGUUUGCUCGAAGCGAUUGAGGACUCGGCCGCGGCUGUUGCUGUUAUAUCGCCGAAUUAUGCAUCCUCACGUUGGUGCCUGGAGGAGCUGGCCAGACUUUGCGAGUCGAGGAAACUUGUGCUCCCCGUGUUCUUCAAAGUUGAUCCGUCGGACGUGAGAAGACAGAGAGGACCAUUUGAGGAAGGGAUUAAGAGUUUGGAGGAAAAGUGUGGAGUGGAGAAAGUGAAGAGAUGGAGGAAUGCAAUGGAAAGAGUUGGAGGAAUUUCUGGUUGGGUUUACAAGGACAACAGGGAUCAGGCACCUUUGAUUGAAUCUAUAGUGAAAAGGAUCAUGGAUAAAUUGAAGAACUCCCCAGUUGUUGUGGCUCCAUAUACUGUGGGGCUCGAUUUUCCCAUAGAGGAAGUGAUGGAAUUGUUGGAUGUUACGCAAAAUGUGCCCCAAGUUCUGGGAUUCCUAGGUACGGGUGGAAUUGGCAAGACAACUCUUGCUAAAGCUGUUUACAAUAAACUUGCAAGGCAUUUUGUACACCGUAGUUUCAUCUCAAAUGUUAGAGAAAAUUUCGAUAAGCCUGAUGGUUUAUUGUUGCUUCAGAACAAACUCGUUAAAGAUCUUUCUACAAGUUCAGCAAGUCCUUUUGACAACAAUAAUGCUUUUAUGGCUAAAAUCAAAAGAAUUUUUCGGGAAGAACGAGUUUUGCUUGUUUUAGACGACGUUGACAAUGUAAAUCAGCUCAACAAACUAGCUAUUCAUAGAGAUUGGCUUUCUGAAGGAAGUCGGAUUAUAAUUAGUACAAGAAAUAGAGAUGCUUUACCAGCUGAUCUCGUGAAUAAGAUUUAUGAGGUGAGACAAUUAGGCUCUUCUGAUUCGUUAAAACUCUUUAGUUACUACGCUUUGGGAAGAGAGAAACCUAAUGACAUUUUCUUGAAACUGUCCAAACAAAUUGUUUCCGUUACUGGAGGAUUACCUUUGGCUCUACAAGUAUUUGGUUCAUUCCUAUCUGACAAGCGGAAUGUGGAGGAAUGGCGUGAUGCACUAGAAAAGCUGAAGAAGAUUCGUCCGUACCACCUUCAGGAUAUAUUGAGGAUAAGCUAUGAUGCACUUGAUGAUGAGGAGAAGUGCAUAUUCCUUGACAUUUCAUGUUUAUUAUUGAAUUUGGAAAUGAAGAGAGAGAGCGUAAUCGAUGCUUUGAAGGGCUGUGGUUUCAGAGCAGAAAUUGCAUUCUCAACCCUUAGUAAAAGAUCUCUCAUUAAAGUUAUUGAUGAAGAUGAGUUGUGGAUGCACGAUCAGAUUAGAGAUAUGGGAAGACAGAUUGUUUUGGAAGAAGGCCAUUCAGAUAUUGGAAAGCGAAGUAGAAUAUGGGACCGUGGAGAUGUUCUCGAGGUCUUGAAGGGCCAAAAGGGCACGCGAUGCAUCCAAGGGAUUAUCGUUGAUCUGGCUGUGGAGAAGCGCACGAGAAUUAUUAGUGCUAGAACUAUAGCUCUCAACAAUCUUCGAAUAUCUCCUAAUGUCACUGCUGUGUUAACAUACAUGAAGGAGAAAUACAAGGAAUAUUUUCAACAUGGAGCAGAAGAGGGUGAAGUAAUAGUGGAUACCAAAUGGUUCGAGUCAAUGGUUAAUCUGAGGAUGCUCCAUUUCAGUAAUGUUCGACUCGAAGGAGAUUUUAAACAUAUGCCUGGUGCAGUGAAAUGGCUACAAUGGAAGAAAUGUUCACUCAGAAGUCUGCCUUCUGUAUUUUUGGACGGUGAAAUGGCUGUUCUUGAUCUCUCACAGAGCAAGAUUGAAAGUAUAUCGGGGUGGAAGUGGUUCUGGGAUAGACGAAAGGUGAAAAAUAAACUUAUUGUGUUGAAUCUCUAUAAUUGUUGUAACCUGACUGCAAUUCCUGAUUUGUCUGAGUACAAAUCCCUGGAAAAGCUGAUACUCGUGCUCUGCAAAAAUUUGAAAACUAUACACAAAUCAGUAGGUGGCCUGGACACUUUACGGCAUCUCAACUUGAGAGAAUGUUUGAGUCUUGUUGAAUUUCCAAGUGAUGUCUCUGGACUAAAACGUCUCGAGGUACUCAUUCUCUCUGGCUGUUCACAACUGAAAAAUCUACCUCGGAACAUUGGCUGCAUGAAGUCUUUGCAAGAACUUCUAGCUGAUAGUACUGCCAUAGAUGAGCUGCCUGAAACUAUAUUCAGGCUAACUUGUCUCGAAAAGCUUUCCCUAGACCAUUGCAAAUCAUUAAAACGACUCCCCAGAAGCAUAGAAAAGCUUAGUUCCUUAAGGGAACUUUCUCUUCUUGGUUCUGCAUUGGAAGAAUUACCUGAUUCCAUUGGCUUUUUAGGAAAUCUUGAGAUUCUAAAUUUGAUGCAUUGUCAAUCAUUAAUUGCAAUUCCAGAUUCCAUUGGAAAUCUCAAAUCAUUGGCUAAACUCUUGCUUAAUGGUAGUUCCAUAGAAGUUAUACCGGAAUCUAUUGGUUCACUAUACUAUCUGAAAGAUUUAUCCGUGGGAGACUGUAAACGUUUGCACACAUUGCCAGUCACUAUUGAAGGGUUGUCUUCAAUGAUUGCUUUUCAGUUAGACAGGACUUUAAUCACUUGUUUACCUCAUGAAAUUGGUUUUUUGAAAUCACUUAAGAAGCUUGAAAUCAGAGAUUGCAAGAAUCUUAGCAAACUUCCAGAAUCAAUAGGGAACAUGUCAGCCCUUCAUACAUUGAUCUUGAACAAAGCUGUUAUAAUUGAGUUGCCGGAAUCCAUAGGAUUGUUGGAGAAUCUGAUUGUCUUAAGAUUGAAUCAGUGCAAGAAACUAUGCAGAUUGCCUGCUUCAUUUGGAAACUUGAAAAACUUGUAUCACCUGUUUAUGGAGGAAACUGCCAUUACUGAAUUACCUGAAACGUUUGGGAUGCUUUAUAAUCUGAGGACGUUGAAAAUGGCAAAGAAGCCCUACGGCCAGGCCCCUCAGAUUUCUCUCGUAUCAGAGCCAGCUACUAGUGCAGAGAGAAAGAUAAUUCCAUCUUCUUUCUCGAAUCUUUCCUUGUUGGUCGAAUUCAAUGCUCGUGCAUGGAAGAUAUCGGGGAAGAUACCUGAUGAUUUUGAGAAGUUAUUAUCUUUAGAGAUUUUGAAUUUGAGUCACAAUGAUUUUCAUAGUCUUCCAUCCAAUAUGAGACCUCUCCGUGUUCUCAAAAAGCUCGAUUUAUCCCACUGCAAAUUGCUCAAAGUUCUUCCUCCACUUCCCGGGAGUUUGCAGGAUCUAAAUGCUGCAAAUUGUACUUCUCUGGAAAGCAUUUCUGAUCUCUCAAAUUUGCAGUAUUUAAUUGAGAUGGAAUUCACCAAUUGUGAGAAACUAAUGGACUUUCCAGGCGUUGAAAAUUUGAUGUCCUUGAGAAGGUUGUACAUGGGAGGCUGCAGUAACCGUGCCUCAGCAUUGAUACAGAAACUUGACAAGGUUGCGCUGAGAAAUUUAUACAAUUUAUGCAUACCGGGAAGUGAAAUACCAGACUGGUUUACUCGAGAUGAGAUUCGCUUUUCUAGAAAGAAAAAUGAGGCAAUAAGGAGUGUGAUUAUUGCUGUUGUCGUCUCAAAGAACUCUCAAAUCACCCAGGAUUCAACAUUCGAUGAGUUGCCUGUUAUGGCUGAAAUCGAAGGAAAGAUUCUCAGAGUAACCAGAGCAGUUUACAGUCAUGCACCGAACUUAAGAGGAAUCCCAAAUACAGAUGAUGAUCAACUUUAUUUGUGCAGAUAUCCUGAUUAUCAUCCAUUAGUUUCCAUUCUAGAAAACGACGACAGAAUACAGGUCGUAAGGCGCAAUCCUCCAUUUGAUCCAAGAAUUAUGCUGAAGAAAUGUGGGAUUCAUUUAGUUUAUGAAAAUGAUGACGAUUAUGAUGGCAACGAAGAAUCGUUGGAUGAAAAUUUACAAACGGUGUCCCACAGAAUAAAGAAGAUUUUUUACUCUCCUGAGGGACACAACACUAGCUCAAACUCUACUCAAGCAGAUGAAGGACAGGAAGGGAACCGAUGCAUCCAAGGGAUUAUCGUUGAUCUGGCUGUGGAGAAGCGCACGAGAAUUAUUAGUGCUAGAACUAUAGCUCUCAACAAUCUUCGAAUAUCUCCCAAUGUCACUGCUGUGUUAACAUACAUGAAGGAGAAAUACAAGGAAUAUUUUCAACAUGGAGCAGAAGAGGGUGAAGUAAUAGUGGAUACCAAAUGGUUCGAGUCAAUGGUUAAUCUGAGGAUGCUCCAUUUCAGUAAUGUUCGACUCGAAGGAGAUUUUAAACAUAUGCCUGGUGCAGUGAAAUGGCUACAAUGGAAGAAAUGUUCACUCAGAAGUCUGCCUUCUGUAUUUUUGGACGGUGAAAUGGCUGUUCUUGAUCUCUCACAGAGCAAGAUUGAAAGUAUAUCGGGGUGGAAGUGGUUCUGGGAUAGACGAAAGGUGAAAAAUAAACUUAUUGUGUUGAAUCUCUAUAAUUGUUGUAACCUGACUGCAAUUCCUGAUUUGUCUGAGUACAAAUCCCUGGAAAAGCUGAUACUCGUGCUCUGCAAAAAUUUGAAAACUAUACACAAAUCAGUAGGUGGCCUGGACACUUUACGGCAUCUCAACUUGAGAGAAUGUUUGAGUCUUGUUGAAUUUCCAAGUGAUGUCUCUGGACUAAAACGUCUCGAGGUACUCAUUCUCUCUGGCUGUUCACAACUGAAAAAUCUACCUCGGAACAUUGGCUGCAUGAAGUCUUUGCAAGAACUUCUAGCUGAUAGUACUGCCAUAGAUGAGCUGCCUGAAACUAUAUUCAGGCUAACUUGUCUCGAAAAGCUUUCCCUAGACCAUUGCAAAUCAUUAAAACGACUCCCCAGAAGCAUAGAAAAGCUUAGUUCCUUAAGGGAACUUUCUCUUCUUGGUUCUGCAUUGGAAGAAUUACCUGAUUCCAUUGGCUUUUUAGGAAAUCUUGAGAUUCUAAAUUUGAUGCAUUGUCAAUCAUUAAUUGCAAUUCCAGAUUCCAUUGGAAAUCUCAAAUCAUUGGCUAAACUCUUGCUUAAUGGUAGUUCCAUAGAAGUUAUACCGGAAUCUAUUGGUUCACUAUACUAUCUGAAAGAUUUAUCCGUGGGAGACUGUAAACGUUUGCACACAUUGCCAGUCACUAUUGAAGGGUUGUCUUCAAUGAUUGCUUUUCAGUUAGACAGGACUUUAAUCACUUGUUUACCUCAUGAAAUUGGUUUUUUGAAAUCACUUAAGAAGCUUGAAAUCAGAGAUUGCAAGAAUCUUAGCAAACUUCCAGAAUCAAUAGGGAACAUGUCAGCCCUUCAUACAUUGAUCUUGAACAAAGCUGUUAUAAUUGAGUUGCCGGAAUCCAUAGGAUUGUUGGAGAAUCUGAUUGUCUUAAGAUUGAAUCAGUGCAAGAAACUAUGCAGAUUGCCUGCUUCAUUUGGAAACUUGAAAAACUUGUAUCACCUGUUUAUGGAGGAAACUGCCAUUACUGAAUUACCUGAAACGUUUGGGAUGCUUUAUAAUCUGAGGACGUUGAAAAUGGCAAAGAAGCCCUACGGCCAGGCCCCUCAGAUUUCUCUCGUAUCAGAGCCAGCUACUAGUGCAGAGAGAAAGAUAAUUCCAUCUUCUUUCUCGAAUCUUUCCUUGUUGGUCGAAUUCAAUGCUCGUGCAUGGAAGAUAUCGGGGAAGAUACCUGAUGAUUUUGAGAAGUUAUUAUCUUUAGAGAUUUUGAAUUUGAGUCACAAUGAUUUUCAUAGUCUUCCAUCCAAUAUGAGACCUCUCCGUGUUCUCAAAAAGCUCGAUUUAUCCCACUGCAAAUUGCUCAAAGUUCUUCCUCCACUUCCCGGGAGUUUGCAGGAUCUAAAUGCUGCAAAUUGUACUUCUCUGGAAAGCAUUUCUGAUCUCUCAAAUUUGCAGUAUUUAAUUGAGAUGGAAUUCACCAAUUGUGAGAAACUAAUGGACUUUCCAGGCGUUGAAAAUUUGAUGUCCUUGAGAAGGUUGUACAUGGGAGGCUGCAGUAACCGUGCCUCAGCAUUGAUACAGAAACUUGACAAGGUUGCGCUGAGAAAUUUAUACAAUUUAUGCAUACCGGGAAGUGAAAUACCAGACUGGUUUACUCGAGAUGAGAUUCGCUUUUCUAGAAAGAAAAAUGAGGCAAUAAGGAGUGUGAUUAUUGCUGUUGUCGUCUCAAAGAACUCUCAAAUCACCCAGGAUUCAACAUUCGAUGAGUUGCCUGUUAUGGCUGAAAUCGAAGGAAAGAUUCUCAGAGUAACCAGAGCAGUUUACAGUCAUGCACCGAACUUAAGAGGAAUCCCAAAUACAGAUGAUGAUCAACUUUAUUUGUGCAGAUAUCCUGAUUAUCAUCCAUUAGUUUCCAUUCUAGAAAACGACGACAGAAUACAGGUCGUAAGGCGCAAUCCUCCAUUUGAUCCAAGAAUUAUGCUGAAGAAAUGUGGGAUUCAUUUAGUUUAUGAAAAUGAUGACGAUUAUGAUGGCAACGAAGAAUCGUUGGAUGAAAAUUUACAAACGGUGUCCCACAGAAUAAAGAAGAUUUUUUACUCUCCUGAGGGACACAACACUAGCUCAAACUCUACUCAAGCAGAUGAAGGACAGGAAGGGAACUGAGUCCAUUGCCUGUAGUUUGUAUUUGGCUGUUCAAGGCCGCUUUUGGCUAAAUGUCUUCUUUGCUUUGAACAAAAUGCUGUAAACUAGGAAGAUUUUGAUUUUCGACAUUACUACCCAUUGAUGAAACUAUAUAUUAAGUGCUCGACAACAUUCAGUGACGUUCAAUACUAAGCAUCUCCAA